AGCCAUAGGAGAUCUUCAGCUGGCUCGGCUUGCUAUCACAUCAUAGCCGCUGCACCCACCAUCACACACAGACGACCCAGACGCCGCAACCAUCAAUAUGAAACUCCUUACCUUUCUUUUUGCCGGCGUUGCUCUGCCGCUCAUCUCAGCCGCCCCCGCGUCGACGGCCAUCGUCGAGGACACCUCAGCCCUCGCUGCCCCCGCUGCUGAUGCCUCUGCCGCCGAUGACUCGGCGGCCGCCACCCUCGCCCUCAGCAGAAGCAAAGACAUCUACCCAGCCAAGCGUCCGCAAAACGUCAACGGCUUCAACUACACCUACCCCUCGACGCUAUGGCUCUACAACCUGACCUCGACCGCCGUCAAGGGGGGCUCGCAGCAGGAGGUUCUCGAGAUGGCCUUCAUGGACCUCCUCCCGCCCAACUACAACCCUCGUAGCGGCGGCGGCAGCAAAGAACCACAGACCGUCCUCCUCCUGCACGGCAAGAACUUUUGCGGUCCCACCUGGUACGCGGCCGCGACGCCUUUGCAAAAGGCCGGGUACCGCGUCAUCCUGCCCGAGCAGCUGGGCUUCUGCAAGUCGACCAAGCCGACGCAGUACAGCUUUAACCUGACGUCCUUGGCGACCAACACGCGCAACCUGCUCAAGGCGCUGGGUGUCACCAAGCCGCCUAUCGUCGUCGGGCACUCCCUCGGCGGCAUGCUCGCGUCGCGCUAUGCGCUGACGUACCCGGAGUUUACCAAGUCGUUGAUGCUGGUCAGUCCGAUCGGCUUGGAGGACUGGAAGCAGCUGGGCGUGCCUGAUCGCUCGUUUGAUCUGUUGACGGGGGAUGAGGAGGCGACGACGUAUGCUUCGCUGAGGGGAUACGAGCAGGCGACGUACUACCCGGGCGCCGAGUGGACGGAGGACUUUGACAAGUGGGUGGUGAUGCUGACCAAGGUGUAUGAGGGCGACCAGAAGGAGAAGUUCUGGGCGGAUCAGGCUCAUGUGGUUGAGAUGGUGCUGGGGCAGCCGACCAUUCACGACUACAAGAAGAUCAAGCCCAAGACGUUGUUGGUGAUUGGCGAGAAGGAUAACACUGCUAUUGGCAAGGUGUGGUCGCCCCCCGAUGUACAGGCGAAGCUCGGUAACUAUGCUGUGUUGGGACGCCAGGCGCAGGCGGCGAUUCCUGACGCUACCCUUGUGUCGUUCCCGUAUCUUGGACACGCUCCUCAGAUUCAGGAGCCGGAGAUGUUCAACCGCCUGCUGUCGAGCUGGGUGAACUAUGGCGGCCGCACCCUGGAGUGGCUCGAGCUGAAUGCCACCAUCAUUAGGUAGAGCAUGGAGUCCUAUGAGAGUAGGGUCAGUAGCAUUUAGAUUGUAUAUAUCCAAGUCAUCAACAUAGACACAAU